AGAAAGCUGGCAUCGGGCACACAACACAACGCUUCUGAACAGGUUCUCGCAGCAAACAGCUGUCACGACAUUUUGUAGGAUUCUCUCGACGAAGAGUGCUAUAACCAGAUUAUUUGUGGGAAAACACACCAUAAUGGAUUAAAAUAAGUAAUGCCAUUCAUUGAAACAGAAGCAAGAAAAGGUGAUGGACACUCAAUUUCAGAGCCCCCCUUGGGGCUACCUCGUGAGGCUAGAUGAGGCAGCGCCUAUUAUAGAGUUGCGAGGAAGAUUUGUGCCAGUUUCUUUCAAUGAAGAACUAGCCUUUGAAAUAGACCACAAUGAAAUUGCUGAAACAACGUUGUGGGUUGCUUCUUUCCCGUGCUGGGUUUCCACUCAGAAAGUUAUGGGAAAAAGGAUGAAAAUUAAAUACAAUUCGAUGAUUACCGUCAAAAUGGGAAAGAAGUUUCAAGUAUUAUUUGUGAAAAGAAGUAUCGACGAGGUGUUUCUUCAAGAUGCGAAGAUUUCUGAGAAUUACAUUAUCGAUAAACUUCUCGGGCAAGGAGGAUUUGGUCAAGUAUUCUCCAUAUACAAAAAGACAUCAGGAGAAAAACAAGCUCUGAAAGUACAACAUUGGACCGAAAGUGGUGCUCGUUAUCUAGCUCGAGAAGCAGACAUACUUCUACAGCUAAAGCAUCCAGCGAAUAUACUCUUGUGUCGUCCAAAACCACACACACUAAUUAAGGUGUCAGAUUUAGGUUUGGCUAAAUCAGAGAUAAUGCAUGGGCCAAUGUAUUCAUGGUGUGGAACAGAAGCCUUUUUAGCUCCAGAGGUAUUGGGAAGAGGAAGAAUAUAUGACAAGAAGGUUGAUGUAUGGAGCAUGGGUGUCAUUCUAUACCUAAGUUUGAGUGGAACUUUGCCAAUGUUCUCUGGUGAUACUUUACAAUUCACUGGAGUUGCUUCCCUGUCGACAAAUACUCCAGUAACGCAGUUACUUCAAGGAAUGCUGUGUAAGCAGCCACUGAUACGAUUUGAUAUUGGUAUGGUGGGCCAACACCCGUGGCUACAGGACAAUACUGUUGAAAAGAAAGUCCAGUGUCUGAUGAGAUACUUUGGUAAUGAUAAUGUCAAUAUCAAAAAUCAUUCAACCAAAGUUCUCACAUCUAAAAGUGACAAAAGAUUAAUAUCUGAAACAACUAUUAUGGGUAAAGGAAACAAUAUCUCAACAUUAAAAACAGUUGUAAAAAAAGAGUCUCAUCAGAUCACAGAAAAUAUCGGAGAAAAUUCUACAAAUAAAUCAGAAGGUAUUAAAGAGGAACAAAAUACUAAAGUAUCACCAUUAAAAAAGAAGAAAAGAGUUCACAAGAACAAAAAAAAGAAAUCUGCUUGUCCAGAAACAGUGCAAAAUUAUCAGAAUGUAAAUCCAAUCACUAAGAAAAUUACAGUUUCUACAUACGAAAGUAAAAAUAAAAAUUUCACAUUGAAAGCUGAUGUUUCAAAUAAAACUAAUACUACACUUGACGUUCUUACAAGAUCACUAGUAGAAAGAAAACCUGAAGUAAAGCAACAGUACACAAAUGAAAGUAAAAAUAAAAAUGUAACAUUGAAAGCUGAAGUUUCAAAUAAAACUAAUACUACACUUGACGUUCUUACAAGAUCACUACUAGAAAGAAAACCUGAAGUAAAGCAACAGUACACAAAUGAAAGUAAAAAUAAAAAUGUUUCAUUGAAAGCUGAAGUUCUCAAUUGUGACAAAUAUUAUUAUAGACACCAUUGUUACAAUACAAUAUCAGGAUAUAAAAAGAAUUUAGUUCCUACAUAUGAAACUAACAUUUCAAAUUCAAUGUUGCAAGACAAAGUUUCCAAAGCAACAGAGUCACAUCCAUCUACUACGCAAUAUGUAGAAAGAAGACCUACUGUAAAAGAAAAUAAUUGGAAUUCUAAUGCAUACCGCAAUAUUCAGAAAAUGGAUGACAAUAGUAAUGGCAAUAAUUACAUGACAGAAAAUGAAUAUUUCCAUUAUCAAUAUGACAAUUACAAUUACGAUUAUAGCAGCAUUAGACAUAAUAAUCCAAAUCGCAAAGAUAAUUCUGAAGGAGGCUUUUUAUCUUCAGUAUUUCGUUGUGUAUGCUUUCUUGGAAAGUGGUAUUUAAUUGGUUCUAUAAGUUAUGGAAUUUUGUUAUACUUUUCAAAGAAGAAAUAAUAUAUAGUUGGACCUCCAUAUAUUGAAUGAGUGUAUAUUGGAAUACUCUAUAAAUCAAAUUUCUCUUCUUUCCUUUUCCAUAUAUAUUUGAAUAAAUGUAUAUAAAACACC